AUGAUUGACCAACGCAUUUUUGAGAAUCUCCAGACGAAGAUCGACGAGGAGGGUACCGUCCGGGAUGAGAUACAUGAGAUUGUCCACACACUCGCUAGAAGAGGACGUUCCACACAGGCGAUCCUGUCUCGGGCUCAUUCCACGCCCGCCGAUCAACUGAAGCCUGUGCUUGACGAUGUCACUAAGGAAAUCCUUGCCCAGAAGGAAGAGGUUGCUCGCCUGAAGGCCGUGGCAGACCAACAUCCCUUCUACAAGUACAACGGGCUAUGGACCCGUGAGCUGCAAAAUCUGGUCGCCUCUAUUGAGCUCUGCGCAUGGCUAGGAGGACUUCAAGAGCACAAGGGACCCAGCUCAACAUCUUUCAUGACAAUCGAAGAUGUGGGCAAGUUCCUGGACAUUCCUGUCAACCUAAAGGAGCAGGAUGCCUUCCACCUUACGAUUGAGGAGUACCUACUGGCACUGAUUGCCAUGGUUGAAGAACUGGCUCGCUUGGCUGUCAACUCAGUCACCCUGGGUGACUACACCCGUCCCAUGCAGAUUGGCAACUUUGUCAAGGAAUUGUUCGCUGGAUUCCAGCUCUUGAACUUGAAGAACGAUAUCUUGCGUAAGCGCAGCGACGGUAUCAAGUACAGCGUCAAGAAGAUCGAGGAUGUGGUCUAUGACCUGUCGCUACGGAAUCUGGUUCCCAAGGGUGGUCCCUCUGCUUGA